AUGGACGAAUUGUCUAAAUCAUUUUUUGAGACAUCUCAUUUUGAUUCUAGACUGUCACCAGACUCAGAAAUUAUUAAAGAAGUCAGCAAAUCAUUGUCAGCUUCUUUAUUCACUGAGCCUUUAAACAUUAGCAUUGGAAAUCCUUGGGACCUUCCUUCAAUAAAUGGAAUUGAUGUUUCCAACAUUUUAUCUGAUGUUUAUUUACCUGAUGUAUAUGCAACUACAUUUGCACUAACUUCUCCAAGUGGUGGGUCAGUUUCUAUUUCAGCUUUAAACAAAAUUUUAAGUAUUAGUGCAGUACCUGUUAAUAGUACUUGUAUCAACAGAGGAGAAUUCAAUGUUGCGCUUGCGUUAGUAGCUUUGGCACAAAAAAAUAUGGAUGUUUCAAUUGAUAACCUGGUUGAGAGAAAACAUGAUCUUCCCGAACCAAUCCUUACAAAUAUAGAAAGUAUCGAUUUUAAUCGCAAUUUAAGUUUCUCUAAUAUCACAUCUCGUCCAUCAUCAAUUCUGGUUCUUCAGGAUGAUGAUCCUUGGGCUAUUUCAUCAACAACGAAUGGUAUUGACAUUAUAACAUCAUCACCAUCAACGUCUGCUGCAAUAGGAAUAUCAGGAGAAACUAUGACAUCAACUUUUUCACCAAUCAUAUCAAAUACAAUAAUAUCACGAUUUCCAAGUGAUAGCAACGGUGCAAGUACUAUUUUACCAAAUAUUAAUAGGACUUUGAUACUAGAUGAUCGUGAGUCUCAUUGGUUUCUAGAUGCAGGUAUCAUUAAAGUGAAAUUUGCUCCUGAACAUGAAGGUUUUCUAUUCAAACAUGUUAAUUACAUUGUUGAAUCACAGGUAAAUGAUCAAUAUAUUUGA